AUGUCAGCAAGCUCAGUGCAUCUAUCAUGUCAGCAAGCUCAGUGCAUCUAUCAUGUCAGCAAGCUCAGUGCAUCUAUCAUGCCAGCAAGCUCAGUGCAUCUAUCAUGUCAGCAAGCUCAGUGCAUCUAUCAUGUCAGCAAGCUCAGUGCAUCUAUCAUGCCAACAAGCUCAGUGCAUCUAUCAUGCCAGCAAGCUCAGUGCAUCUAUCAUGCCAGCAAGCUCAGUGCAUCUAUCAUGCCAACAAGCUCCGUGCAUCUAUCAUGCCAACAAGCUCAGUGCAUCUAUCAUGCCAACAAGCUCAGUGCAUCUAUCAUGCCAGCUCAGUGCAUCUAUCAUGCCAACAAGCUCAGUGCAUCUAUCAUGCCUUCAAGCUCAGUGCAUCUAUCAUGCCAACAAACUCAGUGCAUCUAUCAUGCCAGCAAGCUCAGUGCAUCUAUCAUGCCAACAAGCUUAGUGCAUCUAUCAUGCCAACAAGCUCAGUGCAUCUAUCAUGCCAGCAAGCUCAGUGCAUCUAUCAUGUCAGCAAGCUCAGUGCAUCUAUCAUGUCAGCAAGCUCAGUGCAUCUAUCAUGUCAGCAAGCUCAGUGCAUCUAUUAUGCCAGCAAGCUCAGUGCAUCUAUCAUGCCAGCUCAGUGCAUCUAUCAUGCCAGCAAGCUCAGUGCAUCUAUCAUGCCAGCAAGCUCAGUGCAUCUAUCAUGCCAGCUCAGUGCAUCUAUCAUGCCAGCAAGCUCAGUGCAUCUAUCAUGCCAGCUCAGUGCAUCUAUCAUGCCAACAAGCUCAGUGCAUCUAUCAUGCCAACAAGCUCAGUGCAUCUAUCAUGCCAGCUCAGUGCAUCUAUCAUGCCAACAAGCUCAGUGCAUCUAUCAUGCCAUCAAGCUCAGUGCAUCUAUCAUGCCAACAAACUCAGUGCAUCUAUCAUGCCAGCAAGCUCAGUGCAUCUAUCAUGCCAACAAGCUCAGUGCAUCUAUCAUGCCAACAAGCUCAGUGCAUCUAUCAUGCCAACAAGCUUAGUGCAUCUAUCAUGCCAGCUCAGUGCAUCUAUCAUGCCAACAAGCUCAGUGCAUCUAUCAUGCCAGCAAGCUCAGUGCAUCUAUUAUGCCAGCAAGCUCAGUGCAUCUAUCAAGCCAGCUCAGUGCAUCUAUCAUGCCAGCAAGCUCAGUGCAUCUAUCAUGCCAGCAAGCUCAGUGCAUCUAUCAUGCCAGCUCAGUGCAUCUAUCAUGCCAGCAAGCUCAGUGCGCUAUGGUCCAAUCUCUUGCUGUGCACCAGUGGUGGCGAGGCUAGUGUCUGGGAGUAG